CCCCAACCAUAGAGACCCUGUCGCCCGGAGCCAGAGGAUCGCGUCGCAGCGUCCGGUCCGAUCCAUCAGCCGCGAAUCGAAACGAGUGGCGGGUAGUGUCGUCGGGUGGCGCGGCGUAUCAUAGUGUGCCAGAGGGCAUCGCUCAGAGCAGCGUAGUGGGGCGCGGCGGAGCGCGGCGGGGUGUAUCGCGGUGCACUGUGAGGUGCUGACCGAGUAAAUGGAGCGACCCGGGGAUGGUGCCCGCCGGGCAGGGCUACUGUUGCUUCUGGCAUUUGCACUCCAGGUGACAGCCGUCGUCAACGGUGCCACAAUCGCCAAGCGAUCGCUGUCAGCCCUGGCACGGACAUCCCAGUUGCCUCACUCUUCAACCACCGCAGACCAAGCAGGACACGAUCAGGACCACGGUCAUGGCGGCCACUCCCCCGGCCAGCACGACAAGCGAAGCGAGCUGCAGGAGGAGGCCAUACGGGAGGAGUUGCUUCGUCAGCGGGCCGCUCCAGCCUCUGAAGCCUUCCUUUCGGCCAUCAUGGCGGCUGACCAGUACGGCACUGACCUAAACGGCGUGGAGGACAAGCGGUCAGUGUCCUCUCUGGCGCGGCAUGGCAACCUCCCCGCCACCAUGGAGGACACCAAGCGCUCGCUAUCUUCUCUUGCGCGCUACGGUAACCUUCCUGCAACCGAGGACAAGCGCUCUUUGGCAUCCCUCGCGCGGUAUGGCAACCUCCCUGCCCCUGCUGAGGACAAGCGCUCUCUGUCCUCCCUCGCGCGUUUCGGCAACUUACCUGUGGCGAUUGAGGAGGCGAAGCGCUCUGUGGCGUCGCUGGCUCGCUACGGGAACCUCCCGGGUCCGGCCGCGCCGUCUGACAAGCGGUCCCUCGAGGCGCUCGCCCGCGGCGGACUUCUCAACAAGAACUCGCGAAUAGACAACAGCAAGCGCAGCGUUGCGGCCCUGGCACGCCUCGGGGAGCUGCCCAAGCGGUGGAUGCCACCGCACCAGCGCGAGCAGGCUCAGGAUCUACUCGACACUCUGCAGCGUGAGCUUGACGAAACCAAGAGGAGUCUCUCCUCACUUGCGCGCACCGGUGACCUCUCCCGUCCCGUUGCGCUGUACGAGGAUCAGGAUAAACGAAGCGUAGAGUCGCUGGCGCGGACCUGGAGUCGGCCGAGUAAACGCGUCUACGGCUAUCCGUCUUACGAGAACGAGUACGCUACCUUUGGCAAGAGAAACGCGGCAGCGCUCCUCAGACAGACGCAGUUCUCCACCCAGGGGACAGUUGAGGACUCUCAGCGAGAUGACGGCGACCAGCAUGGCCAGGCACGCAGGAAGCGCUCGCUGUGGGACGACGAUCUGAUGAGCGGGGAGGUCGUCCAGAGCCCCUCGGGUGGCGCCGCGGCCGGCCAGGAACAGGACUGGGAGACAAUGUGGUCCCCGACGGCCUGGGGCGCGUACUUUGGCUACGGUGACGACGCAUCCGUGCAGAAGCGCUUCCUCGGUGAGGGGCAACAGGUGUAGCACCUCUUUGAUCUAGACCUAAGGGGAUCGUUUGGUACAACCAUUUGAUAUCAAAGCCAAUGUGCUCUACCACCGCAACCAGAGCCCGCUGCCGAUGACGUUAGAGUAUAUUUCUGCGUUUUGCUCAAUUUCUUCAAUUUUCUUUCUUAUGUAUUUAAACCACGACGUAGUGGUUUAAACGGUUCAAUAUAGAUCAUCCCCGCCGAGUAAUUGAGAUUUUGAGUGUGCAGCUGUUGUGCGC